GUAUCGCUAGAGGCUUUUGCCACGGCUAACUGAAGCUUCAACACCGGCUGAUCAUGGCUCGCACUGAGUCUUCCUGGAUUGUUCUGCUUUUUGCUUUCAUUACAACCAUCCCAGAUGAAACAAUGGCAAAUGCUAACUUAUCACAAGUUUCUCCUUUGAGGGAAAAAUGUCAAAAUGUAUACAACUCCAACAAUUUCUAUGCAGGACCGAACAAGAAAGUCGAAACAUUACUUCAUGAGGUUAAGAAGGAGCUCAAAGAGAUACAAAAGGAUAUCAGCCAUCUGAAGGGAAAUAGAACAAGUGUAGAAGUCUUUAGGAACUGCGCUGAACUCUACAAAGCUGGAAAGCGAGUCAGCGGUGUUUAUACAAUCGAUCCUGACAAUUCCGGUGCCUUCGAGGUCUUUUGCGACCAAAAGACAGCCGGUGGAGGAUGGACAGUGUUCCAAAAGAGACUGGACGGCUCGGUUGAUUUUUACCGCGGAUGGAACGACUACAAACGAGGCUUUGGAAAUUUAAACGGUGAGUUUUGGCUCGGACUGGACAAGAUUCAUAGGCUGACAAAAGAAAGAUGUAGACUUCACGUAGACCUUGAAGAUAUCAACGGAAAUACUGCGUAUGCCGAGUACGACUUCUUUGGUGUUGCUAGCGAGAGAAGCAAAUACAGACUGAGUCUUGGAUCAUACUCUGGAACUGCUGGUGACUCAUUUUCUUAUCACAGAGGCUCAGCAUUUUCCACCAAAGAGCGAGACAACGAUCAGAAUGGUAGCACCAACUGUGCCACACGUUGCCAAGGAGCCUGGUGGUACAAUUCCUGUUUGCGUUCCAAUCUCAAUGGUCUUUACCUACACGGCCCACACUCUACUUCAUGGGAAGGCGUAAACUGGCACAAAUGGAAAGGCCAUAGUUACUCCGUCAAACGAGCUGAGAUGAAAAUUAAACCAGUUAAUUAAA